AUGGCGGCGGCGGCGGCCAGCCCUGCUUCCCUGGAGUCCGCCCCGCGGAUCUGGCGGCUGGUGGCCGAGUGCGGCCGCUCCAGGGCCCGGGCGGGCGAGCUGCGGCUGCCGCACGGGCCGGUGGCCACGCCGGUGUUCAUGCCGGUGGGCACGCAGGCCACCAUGAAGGGCAUCACGGCGGAGCAGCUGGACGCGCUGGGCUGCCGCAUCUGCCUGGGCAACACCUACCAUCUGGGUCUGCGGCCGGGCCCGGAGCUGAUCCAGAAAGCCCAAGGCCUGCACGGCUUCAUGAACUGGCCCCACAAUCUGCUGACGGACAGCGGCGGCUUCCAGAUGGUGUCCCUGGUGUCCCUGUCCGAGGUGACGGAGGAGGGCGUCCGCUUCCGCUCCCCCUACGACGGCGACGAGACCCUUCUGAGCCCGGAGAGGUCCGUGGAGAUCCAGAACGCGCUGGGCUCAGACAUCAUCAUGCAGCUAGAUGACGUGGUCAGCAGCACUGUGACGGGGCCACGUGUGGAGGAGGCCAUGUACAGAUCAAUCCGCUGGCUAGACCGGUGCAUUGCAGCCCAUCGGAGGCAAGACAAGCAGAAUCUGUUUGCUAUCAUCCAGGGUGGGCUGGACGCUGAUCUCCGGGCUGCCUGCCUCGAAGAGAUGACCAAGAGGGACGUGCCCGGCUUUGCCAUCGGGGGACUGAGCGGGGGUGAGAGCAAGGACCAGUUCUGGAAGAUGGUGGCACUGAGCACUUCGAGGCUGCCCAAGGACAAGCCCCGAUACCUGAUGGGCGUUGGCUAUGCCACUGAUCUGGUGGUCUGCGUGGCUCUUGGAUGCGACAUGUUCGACUGCGUUUUCCCCACGAGGACAGCGCGCUUUGGCUCUGCCCUGGUGCCUACGGGGAACCUGCAGCUGAAGAAGAAGCAGUUCCAGAAGGACUUCCGCCCCAUAGACCCUAAGUGUGCCUGUCCCACUUGCCAGAAGCACAGCCGUGCCUUCCUGCAUGCACUACUUCACAGCGACAACACUGCAGCCCUGCACCACCUCACCGUUCACAACAUCGCCUACCAGCUGCAGCUGAUGGGAGCCCUGCGUGCCAGCAUCAUGGAGAAACGCUUUCCUGAGUUUGUGCGGGACUUCAUGGACACCAUAUGA